GCGAAUUACAAUCAUGGCGGACAUUUCAAGCUGGAACCUUUCUCAGAUUAAAAAUGACCUCGUUUUAGCCAACAGGGAGUUUUCAUCUCGACGAUUAAUGCACAGUGCCAAAUGGUGUGCAGAGUUAUCGCUUGCAUUGAGCAAGUAUGCAGAUAAACAGCAACUACUGACAGUUCUACAGAAAGAGGAGGAUGAGAAAUUUUUGUUGGAAUAUGAUCAGUUUAGUUUGGCAACAUCCUACUUUGAUCUGAAAGAGUAUGACAGAGCAGCAUUCUUUCUGAAGGAAUGUACAAGCCCAAAGUGUUAUUUUCUCUACAUGUACUCCAGAUACCUGGCCGACGAGAAGAGGAAACUGGACAAAGCUUCAGAUUCUAUUGGACCCCCUGACCACUUGGAGAAUGAACAUUUAAAGACAUUGAGGAUAGAACUAAGCAAGAAGUAUGCUAACAGAGAACUUGAUGGCUAUUCCCUGUAUCUGUAUGGCGUUAUUUUGAAAAAGCUAGACUUGCUGAAAGAUGCCAUAGAGAUACUGGUGGAGUCCCUGCAGGUGGAACCGAUGCACUGGGGUACAUGGCAGGAGCUAGUUCCCCUCAUCACAGACAGAGAAAUGCUGGUGUCAUUAAGCUUGCCAAGUCACUGGAUCAAACAGUUCUUUGUUGCUCUUGUGUACCUAGAACUACAGCUGAAUGAAGAAGCAUUGAAGAUAUACCAGGACAUGGAGGAGAAUGGAUUUCAUAAGAGCACCUAUAUUGUAGCUCAUAUUGCUGCGGCCUAUCAUAACAUGAGAGAUGUUGAUGCAGCAUUGAAUUCAUUUAGUGAACUACAAACGUUAGAUCCGUACCGUUUAGAGAAUAUGGACACAUUCAGUAACCUGCUGUAUGUGAAGGAAAUGAGAUAUGACCUCGCUCAUCUUGCACACAAAUGCUGCGAUAUAGAUAAAUACAGGGUAGAAACCUGCUGUGUUAUAGGUAACUACUAUUCAUUGAGGUCACAACAUGAGAAGGCAGUGCUAUAUUUUCAAAGAUCAAUCAAGCUCAAUCCCCUGUAUCUGUCAGCAUGGACAUUGAUGGGACAUGAGUUUAUGGAAAUGAAAAAUACAAAUGCUGCAAUACAGGCGUACAGGCAAGCUCUAGAAGUUAAUAAGCGUGACUACAGAGCCUGGUAUGGUCUAGGACAGACCUAUGAGAUUUUGAAGAUGCCAUAUUAUUGCCUGUACUACUACAGGAAUGCACAAAAACUAAGACCAAAUGAUUCUCGAAUGAUAAUGGCUCUAGGAGAAUCGUAUGAGAAGUUGGAUAGAUUACAGGAGGCAAAAAAAUGUUUCUGGAAAGCACAUAGAGUUGGUGAUAUAGAGGGUGCUUCAUUACUCAAACUGGCCAAGUUACAUGAGAGACUGGGGGAGGAGGAACAAGCUGCAGGAGCAUAUAAUGAAUUUAUAAAGGAAGCCAAUGCACAAGGGCUUGGUAAAUCCUACAGUUACGAGGGUCAGAGUGAAGCUUACAAGUAUCUUGCCAAUUAUUACCUGAAACAUGAACAGUUAGACGCAGCCUAUCAGGCUGCACAAAUCUGCUCGGAGUACACAGAGACACGUGAGGAAGCUAAAGCCAUACUGAAGCAUAUUCAACAGUUACGACAAGAACGUCCUAACCGACAGGAAGUGAGAAUGGAUGAUACAUUUGGCUCGAUACAAAAUGAUUCCUUCCAGUCCCACAAUAAUACACCAAUCAUGAACUUUCCACCUGUUAUGAAUCUCAGAUUUAAUACACCUUGAUAUAUAAUGUGUGGAUUAUUAAUUUUGUAGUUUUAAGUGACGGUUAGUGCAAUGGAAAGUUAUGUUGUCAAUGAGACGCGUUGUACAGUUGGUGAAAAUACAACACUUAAAUGUAGAUCUUUUUUUAACAGCUGAUGAAAAGGUUAAGCUUUAAGUCUUAAUUUUUUUUGUUCUCUGAUUAUCUGUGCUUCAGAAUGCAAAAAUCUACAAUUUUGGCCUUUGUUGAUUGUUCGACUGUGGAUGCUGUUCAGGAAUGUGGUUACCCUCCCUUGAGUUAGAAGACAUCCAAUAAAAUCCAUUGUUACAAAUGAAAUUACUGGUUCCUCUGCUGCUUUUCAUACAGCAUAAGACCAGGAACCAGCAGACUCUGGUGUGACUAUGUCAGACCUACAUAAGUCAGUCAACUCACACACCUUUAGUGCUGCAAGUGUCAGUCAGUUGAAAAUUUGUACCCUAGUCAAAGUAGGCACUUCGUGUUUGAAGCAGUCAUUGAUGUUGAGUAUUGUCAUGCUUAGUUGGGAGAAAUUCAGAUUGCCAGAGUAGACUAGAAUUUAAUAUCCUAGUAUAUAUUGCAGAUGUAGUCCAGCAAGUAACUGCAAGAUUUGUCCUCCAUCUUUGCUUUGUAGAAACUUUGUCAGCACUUGUUGGAAAGCUGCAACAAUUGAUAAUUUAUGAAGAGCAUUAAACUAAGGUCACUUUAUAUCAUUCACUCUGUGAAAGGUUUAGGUGUUUGAAAAUAGAGUAAAUGUAUAUAAGAGAGUUGAGAGAUGCAGAAGCUAAUAUUUUAUUUUUCUGCUUCUCAAAUGCAUGGAUCAUUAAGGAAUGAUGUUGUUGGUACCAGUCUAUAGAAUACCAAGGUUAUACAACUGAGUUUAUAGACCAGGCUCAAAAUACAACUUUACCAUUGGUAAAUUGUCGAGAAACAGCCAUUCAGAUGCAGGAGUUUUGAGACUGGUCAACCAUGUUAGAUUUACAAUAUUAAGCUCAGUUUCCCAGGGUGUAAAACUGAAAUUGGAGACCAGUCUUGGAAUACAGCCUUACCAUUGGUCAAUUUCAAGACCUGAGUUACGAAUGAACUAGGCAGAUGCUGAAGUGUUGAGACUGGUCUCAAAUGUCAGAUUUAUAAUAUUGGGCCCUGGUGCCCAGGUUAUAAAACUGAAAUUGGAGACCAGUCUUGGAAUACAGCCUUACCAUUGUUCAAUUUCAAGACCUGAGUUAAGAAUGAACCAGUCAGAUGCUGAAGUUUUGAGACUGGUCUCAAAUGUCAGAUUUAUAAUAUUGGGCCCUGGUGCCCAGGUUAUAAAACUGAAAUUGGAGACCAUUCUUAGAAUACAGCCUUACCAUUGUUCAAUUUCAAGACCUGAGUUACGAAUGAACCAGUCAGAUGCUGAAGUUUUGAGACUGAUCUCAAAUGUCAGAUUUAUAAUAUUGGGCCCUGGUGCCCAGGUUAUAAAACUGAAAUUGGAGACCAUUCUUAGAAUACAGCCUUACCAUUGUUCAAUAUCAAGACCUGAGUUACGAAUGAACCAGUCAGAUGCUGAAGUUUUGAGACUGGUCUCAAAUGUCAGAUUUAUAAUAUUGGGCCCUGGUGACCAGGUUUUAAAACUGAAAUUGGAGACCAGUCUUGGAAUACAGCCUUACCAUUGUUCAAUUUCAAGACCUGAGUUAAGAAUGAACCAGUCAGAUGCUGAAGUUUUGAGACUGGUCUCAAAUGUCAGAUUUAUAAUAUUUGUCCCUGGUGACCAGGUUUUAAAACUGAAAUUGGAGACCAGUCUUGGAAUACAGCCUUAUCAUUUUUCAAUUUCAAGACUGAGUUAUGAAUGAACCAAUCAGAUGCUGUAGUUUUGACACUGGUCUCCAGUCUUCAGUUGAUAACAUUUGAGUCUAGUUGACUUAGGAGUCUAAAUUAAAUGGCACAUGAGAUAUAGAUCUAGUUCCAAGGUUAUGAAACAGAAUCAUGAACUCUGCCUCAGUACUCUUGCUUCUGACUGAUAAGCUUAGUCUUGAAGCUGACCAGACUUAAUGACAAAGCUGCAUUCUUGAGGCUGGACUCAAAACUCAUUUUUUUUAACAUCUGAGCAAUUUUUGACCACUUAUUACAUGCAGGAAACUACCAUGAAACCAGAAAUGAGAUUGGAUAAAUUUUAAAAUGUAAACUGAUGUUUGUAAUUUUCAGUCAAACCAUUUCUUUCAUAUAUUAUUGUAUUGCUUGUUGCGCCUUGAAUGAGGGAAAUAAAAUUGAAACACCAUGGCAUUACACCAUAAAUAUAUAUAGAAAAAUGA